GUGCCUGAGCGCGGCGGCGGCAUGGUCAGCUGAGUCUCCAGGUUGCGUCUGGGAAGAGUCGGCGUGAGGCCGCGGCGUGCGGGCUCCAGGGACGGCGGAGGCGACCGCGGCCGGCUGGGGCUCGGGGCCUAAGACCUGAGCGUCGACACCACCCGCGCGCUCCGCUGAGUGCCUGGGGCCGCCGCCAAGCACAGACCAUGUUCGUGGUGCGCCUGACUUCCCAGCUGCUCAGGGCUGUUCCCCGGGCAGGGUGCAGUGGGCCUUGGCCUUUCUGCGGGGUGUUGGUCAGGCACGCCUGCAGGCCUCGCUACAGCAUGCAACCUAUAGACCCAAGUGGGGUUGCGUCCCUCCCUGACAGGCGGGUCCACACGAAGCUUGAGGAGAUGCUGGUCCCCAGGAAGAUGUCUGUCAGCCCCCUGGAGAGCUGGCUGACCGUUCGCUGCCUCCUGCCCAGACUGGACGCUGGGACCCCAGGGACUGUGUCCCCAGCCCAAGUCUAUGAGUGUCCGCCCAGCCGGGCGGGGGAAGGGGUCGAGCAGGGGGGUAAGGAGGUCUGGGACGCACCUCAGAUACAGUGCAAAAACGUGCUCAAGAUCCGCCGGCGGAAGAUGAAUCAUCACAAGUACCGCAAGCUGGUCAAGAGGACCCGGUUCCUGCGGCGGAAAGUCAGGGAGGGACGCCUGAAACGGAAGCAGAUGAGGUUCGAGAGAGACCUGAGGCGCAUCUGGCGGAAGGCGGGCCUGAAGGAAGCCCCCGCAGGCUGGCAGACCCCCAAGAUCUACCUGAAGGGCAGAUGAGUCUCUUGUAUCUCUCCCCCAGCCCUGUUACUGCUGAUGACCCAUUGUAAUAAAUACUCGGAGAAGUUAGCCAUCCUUGCUGGCCUGGACCCUCUUCUGCCUGGGUUGCUUUAGUUUUCUGUGCCCUCAUCACAAUUUCAACACCAAGUUCUCAGCCCAGCUUCCAGAAACAGCUGAGGUUCAUUCAUCUGAGAGUGAAGUCUCUUCCGGGACUUCUCAGCUGUCCGGCGGGCUGUUUGCCCUUCACGUCGGGGCCCGGCUCUCACCCAGGGUCUCUCGGACUCCCUGCCCCCUGAGCGUCUUCCCUUCUCCUUCCCUUUUUUUGUUCUCAUUUUUUACUUUUUUUUUCCUUUUUCCUUACCUUACUUUGAAAGAGCACAUCUUCCAGUCUCCUGCGGAAAGAAACACAAGAGAACAUUUUGAAACCUUGCACAUCUGCAGACAUCUUUAUUGGAUCCUGUUUCUUGGUUCACAGUUUGGCUGGAUAUGGAAUUCUAGGUUGGAAAUUAUUUCCUGUAAAACCCCGUAGGCGGCGCUCUGUUGUCCUCUGGUUCCCAGUGUUGCUAUUGAGAAAAUUGAACCCAGUUUGAGUCCAGAGCCUUUGUGAUUUUCUCUCUCGAAGCUCCUCUUUUCCUUCUCUGGUGGAGACACUCCCAGUGACGUAUAUACUUUGAUGUGGAUCUGUUUUCGCCCCCAUGGGAGCCCAUUUCAAUCUGGAAACUCCUAACCUUCUGGGAUUCAGUUUUGGGACAUUUUCUCGAACCAUUUUGUUAUCAUUUCCUCCACUCUGUUUCUUCUCUUUUUCUGGAACUCUUGUUGUUUCGGAUGAUUUUCUCUUCUAUAUUCUGUCUCACUGGCAUCUUCAACAUUUUCUUCUAAUCCGUUUAAUGAAUUUCUUUCAUUUCUGUUACCUUCUUAAUUUCUAAGAGACUUUUGAUUUUUGAGUGUUUUUAGUGGUCCCCCGUUUAUGUUUCAUGGGUGUGGUGGCGUCUCCUUGUGGGGCUGUUAAUGCUACAUGUUUUCUCAGCCCCCCGCCGCCAAGUCUAGUUUCUGUUUCUCCCAAGUGUGUUCCUCUGUUGACUUUGGUCUCUGUUUCCCACGUCAGUGGGCUUCCUCUGGUGGCACUUGGCUGUGUGCUUAUGUUUGAGAGUGAGGUGUACCAACCAAGACCCCCAGAAGUGGCUCUAAGUGCCCUGCCCCACUUCUGGUGGGAGCCAGGACUCUUUGGAGACAUGACUAGUUCCUGGUAAGGUUGCCAACUUCAGCAAAUAAAAAUACAGGCCCCUAGUUAAAUUUGAAUUUCAGAUAAACAACAAAUAAUUUCUCAGUAUGUCCUGUGCGAUGUUUACCUGGAAACCCUAACGCCAGGCCUGUGGCAGGAAGCACACGAGAACCUGCUGUGUCUCUUCAUGUCAGAGGCCACGGGAGGCGCCAGGAGGGUGCAGAGGGCUUCACUGGCCAAAGAUGAGACAAUAUGAGGGCUAAAGCACAUGAAGCGUGUUGAGACCCAUCCACGUUGGGCUGAGGCGCACGAAGCGCGGGAAGACGUGUCCGCACCGGGCUGAGGCGCACGAAGGGCGGGAAGACGUGUCCGCACCGGGCUGAGGCGCACGAAGCAUGUUGAGACCCAUCCACUGGGCAGCCUUGGAGGAUACAGAGGCCCAAGUCCCAGGGUCUCGGCUGAGAUUCUAUUAGCUUCUUGGGCCGUAUGACUGGGUACAUUCUCUGAGCAUUUUAGUAUAACUCCCUGUCUUCCUGGAAACCAAAAUAAUGUAUAUUGAUUAUAAAGCUCCCAUGCUGAUGGCUUAAAUAGACUAAUGCAUGCUUUCAUAGAUUUAAAAUAGAGAACGUUAGAUUUCCAGAAAGAAAAAAGGAAUUGAACUUCUAAUGCUUUAGAGGUGUUCACCCUUUAAAAAAAAAGUCAUUUUCUUGCAGAAUCCACAGCUAAAAAAAUAAAACCUGGGACAAUUGUUGAUCGUUGGAUAAGAAGCAGAGAGAUGUGAAUUCUGGCAGAAAGCAGAUACUGCCACGGAGACUUUAUGUCAUAUAAACAUUAAUAUUGUUUAAAUGUUGGGCUGGAAAAUGUGGAGUUUAACAACUAGUAUUAGAAAAAGUUCAGGUAAUUUUUUUUUUUUUUUUUU